AUGGUGCAUGAAGCAUUAAGCUUAUACGCGAACAACGACACAUAUACCUUUGUGCCAUCAUUUUUAGAUCCCUCUGUUCCCCCACAAAAUUUGGUUAUCAAUCGUGAUACCGGUAGUUUUAGACUUGAUAGAACUGCACCAGAACCAUCUUCACCAACUGCUCAGGCAGAGGUUCUAACAGUAUAUGGAAUUUUUGGAGUCAUUAAAUUAAUUUCUGGUGAAUAUUUGCUGGUGAUUACUGAAAGAGAACGUAUCGGUAAAUUAGGAGGGGCACAUGACAUAUUUAGGGCAAAGCAGAUAAAAGUGCUUCCGAUUAUUCGGAGUACCAAACAUUUAAGCGAAAUCCAGAUAAAAGACGAAGCCCGCUUUCUGUUUUUAAUUGAAGCCCAACUCAAAGCUGAUUCAUAUUAUUUUUCGUACACAUACGAUUUGACUCAUACUUUGCAAAGACAAGCCCAAUUUGGAGACUUAGAAAAUAAGCCAUUAUGGGAAAGGGCAGACCAGAGAUUUUUUUGGAAUCGUUACCUUCAAUCAAAGCUUAUUGAUCUUACCGAAGAAAGUACUGAUCAAAAUGGAUAUAGUAUUUAUUCUGAUAUCGCGUCGAAGCAGAUUCCGAGUCGGCAUGUAUCAAUAGACAGCACGCGUUUCUUUUCGCGUGGUAUUGAUGCAAAUGGUAAUGUCUCAAAUUUCAAUGAGACUGAACAAAUAGUGUUAUUGGAUCCCAUUCGCGAUGGUUAUCCAACAGGAGCCUUUGAAGGAAAAAUCAAAUUGUCAUAUGUUCAAACACGCGGCUCAAUCCCGAUUUAUUGGGCACAGAUCAGCAAUAUAAAAUACGUGCCGAAAUUACAAAUAAUGGACUUGCCUCAUACUAAUGAAACUGCUCGUCGCCAUUUUGACGAACAAAUUAGAAUAUAUGGCGAACAAAUAUUAGUCAAUCUUGUAAACAAUACAGGAUAUGAAUAUCCAAUUGCAAUGGCAUAUGAGAAAGCAGUCAAAAGUCUUAAUGACCCACGGUUGCAUUAUUUACACUUUGAUUUUCAUCACGAAUGCCGCAAAAUGCGUUGGGACCGAAUUCAAAUUCUUAUUGACAAAAUUGAGGAAGAAUUACUAAAGCAAGGAUAUUUUUAUUCCGAACAGGCAAAUUCUAGUGUUCAUACUCAUCGCCUCCAGGCUUCGGUUGUGCGCACUAAUUGCAUGGAUUGCUUGGAUCGAACAAAUGUGGUUCAAUCUGCUUUGGCUAAAUGGGUUUUGACCCAGCAAUUAAGAGAGGUUGGCGUUUUAAGUAACAAAGAGCGAAUCGAUGAGAUUCAAGAGUUUAUGCAUGUAUUUAGCAAUGGUGGGCUUGUUUGGGCUGAUAAUGCUGAUGCAGUUAGUAUUGCAUAUUCGGGUACUGGAGCUCUGAAAACAGACUAUACGCGUACUGGUAAACGUAGUGCAGCAGGAGCUAUACAAGAUUUUCAAUAUUCCAUCACGCGUUAUAUAAAAAAUAAUUUUAUGGAUGGUUCUCGACAGGACGCGUUUGAUCUCUUAUUAGGAAAUUAUAUAACCUCUGCUCAUUCACCAUUCGUUGAUACUAAUCCAGCCUAUGUAAAAUCAUUUCCGCAGGCAAUAUUUAUUCUAAUAUUAUUAUCGAUAUUCACAAUGAUCGUUCCUCAAUCAGAAGAGUAUCCUAACCUGAAUCGGCUUCUUUUCUGGGGAACUAUAUUAUUGGCUAUCUUUCUUAUUCAUUUCAUGAUCAAAAAUGGAUCCGAUUUUAUAGAUUGGCCAAUUCUUGUACCACCAGAGUAUCGAUAUUAUCAAGGACCUACUAUCACUGCAUCUUCGAAAUUCUUGCAAAAUCGACGUCAAAGUGAAUUAAUGGAAUACGGCGAGAAGAUUGAAUUGCAAAAGAUCGAGUAA